GAUGUAUUUGAAAAUAGAUAUAAAUUUUCUUUUUUGCAUACAGUGUUAUUACAGUCAUAAAUUAGGGUUGUACUUAAUAAUUGAAAUUUCAAAUACGCAAUUCAAGAAUAUAAUGUGUACGACUAUCCAAGGUUAUAUUGGAGAAAUUGGACAACUUUUUUGUGACAAUGUCUGCAUCUGUUGAUUAAAAUUUGAAACAUAAUAAGCUUCUAAACAAGGUCAACAGUUUUCAUCAACUCGUAGUCGACGAAAAUAAUUAAGAUUCAGUGUAUAAUAUGUCUAUACUCUCAAGGAGUGUACAUUUUAUCAAUAAUCACCUAAGAAACGAGUGUAAGUGUCCGCGAAAAUGAUCCAUACUUUGUUUUUCGCAAUCACAACGUUACAUGAACAUGGAUGACCUAAAAUGCGAAUACGUGAAGAAAAAAGAAUCUUGGAACUGUCACAAGAAGUGCAAAGUAAAGAAAUUAUAAUGUUCAUUGCAUCCAUUGUUUACUAUCAUAAAGAUGAUCACAUCAUCGGGUAAGAAUUGGCAAAUCGUGUACCUAUGCCACAAAGUGAAAAUGUGAUGUGUCAAACUGAUUGUUUACCUCGCGGACAGGUGAGCGGUAUAUAGAAGUAAAGUGGUACUCGAGGGUGGUGGGAGGCGGACGGCAUGUCGGGUCGCACGAGCCCCGUGAACGGCGAUUAUGAGGCCGCGAAUGCGGAGCCAGCGAUGAGGCUGACCGUCCGUAAGGACCUCUUCCCUGAUCCGCGUUUACCGAAGAUCAUUCCUGAUGGAGCCAGCUCAGAGGAAGUCGACGACAUCUCUUGCGUCAAACUCGAAACCGAUUUUGAGCAGAGCAUCGAUGAAAUCGCAAAGCAAAAGCUGGUCGCCAACGGUGCAAUGCCUUCUCCAACGAAAACUCGCCACAGAAAACACAAGCAGCAUUCGCGACGCCAUUCAGAACGCGUCAAUGGAUGCAUUUCUCCUGAAACCAAGAGGAGAAAAAGUUCUUCUCAUGAAUCCAGUCCUUCAACUCCUGCCCAUGUCAAUUUAAACAGACGAGUAAAAGGUGGAAAAAAUCUGAAUUUAGUCAGUAGUAGUGAAUGUCAAGAAGAUGAUGAUGACUGGGAAGAGCCUGUUGAGGAGGAAGAGGAAAGUUCAGAAGAUGAAGUGCUUAAGUGUAGUGUGAAGUUACCAUUAAUUAAUUUGCCGCGGCAAAGUGGCAAACCGUACAGUCAUGAACUAAGUCAAUUAUCAACAAAAAAGAGUAAAAAGAACUCUUCCAAAGAGAGAAGGACUCAUGCAGUGACUCCUUGUAGUGGUAAACCCCGGUCUAUGCUGGGUAUAUGUAGUUCUCGUAGUAAAAAGAAAUCUAAGAGAUCUAGUGAGUGCACACCCACAUAUCGAAGUCAGAUAGUGGAUACGGACACUAAAUUAAAGAUUAAAAUAAAAAGGACCAGUAUCAAAGAACAAACAUGUGAAACACCUAAACCCGCACUGAUUCCAUCGGUGACGUCAAUCUCUGAUCUCGGUCAGAGAAAAUCCAAAAAGAAGAGGGUGGCAUCACCAGUUCAAGUGAGCUCGGGCGAGGAGUACGACCCUCGCGGCGACGGCGCUGCGGCGAUAAGCGUCGGAGCACCGAAGCCGCGCCACCCGCGUCCUAAGACGCCCAAGACAAAAAAAACUAAUAAGAAUAAGGAUAAAAGUGAAAAGACUGAAAGAACUAGAAUUAGUGGAGUUGAAGUUAAGGAUCCCGGACCACAAAGCCCUUGGGCCCAAAUGCCUGAAGAAAUUCUAGAAAAGAUAUUUGAAUAUGUUGUGUCCUCUCAGGGCACGCUUCCUUCUGUAAUUAGAUUGGGUAAGGUGUGUAAGAAAUGGCAUAGUGUUAGUUGUAGGCCACAGCUAUGGAAGAAUGUAGAUUUAACGCAACAUAUAAAAGAAAAGUGCAAAACAGAUUUCAAAUUGGUCUGGUUGUUGGAAAAUCGGCUCACACAAUGUCAAAGUUUAAAUAUUGCUCAGUGGGAAGUUAGUAACAUAACGUGGGUAUUGGCGUGCAUAUCAGACUACUGUCCUGGACUGGUGGAGCUAAGCGUGGCGGGCUGGAGUCGCAUCACUCCGGACCAGCUGUUCUCACUGCUGCAAGGCCUGCCUCAGCUACAGCGGCUAGAUCUCUCACUGACGUCGGAGACGGGUGGCUCGAGUACAUGCCUGUCCGCGGCGUCGAUGGCUCGGAUCUGUGAGAACUUCGGCGCCAGACUCACGCACCUCACGCUCGCCAAUAAUAAGUUUACCGCGUUACCGCAGAUACUGUCUUCGGUCGCGUCCUAUUGCGAAAAUCUGGAAGUUUUGGACAUAUCGGGCGUGCAAGCUAUCUCGCACCCCGCGUCGGUGCCGCUGGAAGCUUUGCAGAAGGGCUGCCCUAAGAUGAGGGUGUUUCGAGCCGCCAAUUCACAGCUUGUACUCGCUAAUGCAACUACUUCACAACAGAUGGAAACAAACGGUUGGACGCAAUUAGAAGAGCUAUCAAUAGCGGGCGACGCGGCGACUGAGCGCGGUUGCGUGGGCGAGUAUAAGUUGGGGGACGAGGCUUUAGAGAGACUUGUGCGAGGAGCCACAAGGUUGAGAUUGCUGGACCUGAGAGGACUACAGAGGCUGACUGACUCUGGGCUAGUGCGAGUACCAGCAUGGGAUUUGCAGCAUUUGUUUCUGGGAGGUUGCAAUGUGACCCGCCAAAGCAACGCUUGCCUCGAGCUGAUCUGCGAGAAGUGGUGCCACUCUCUGCUGGAGCUGGACUUGUCCUGGGCGUCCGCCGCUCGCGUGCUGGACGACGCUGUGGCCGCGCUGGCAGACUCCAGCAGCAAGCUCAGAAUUCUCAAUCUUUGCGGAUCAUCUGUGUCUUUGGAGCCAGUCAAGAAAGUACUUUUGAAAUGUCCACACAUAGAAUCAAUAAAUCUAAGUUCGUGUCGAGCUCUACCGAGAGGAAUGAAACGAUUAUAUACGGGCAAAGAAUUGCAGGACCUAAAGGAUAGUUUGGAUCCUGAAAAGGUCAAAGACAAAGAGGACACAGCAAAUGAUAGAGUAAAGAAAAAGAAAAAAGAUGUUAAAAAAUCAGAGGCCGAUUCCAAGUCUGAGGUUGAAGUGAAAAGUUCUCCUAAAGAUGGUACAGCUGACGCAACGGGCAAUAAAGUGGAACAUAAAUCUCAAGAAACGUCUUCCUCUUCAAUAUUCCAAGAGCCUAAAUCAGUAAUGGAUUCGCCAAUAUCAAGGCAAACUCCAACUCAAGGCUCUACAAAAUCUUCACCAGAUAGAAAAACUAUAGAGUUAUCUGCAAACAAAGAGGUUUUGGAUAAUUCUCUAGUUAGCAAAAAAUCUGCUGGAAAUACUACACCCCAGUUGUUAAGCCCCCUGAGACAGUCUAAGCCAGAUUCCUCUUCCACUCCUAGGUCUGAACCUGGAAAGACUGAUUUAGGUAGCCCUUCCUUUAGUCCCGCCUCUAAACCAGAUAGCCAAGUUCAGCAUAGUCCUGAAGUACAGCAAGAAUCGAUUAAAUGUAAUAAUUCAUGGAAUUUAGGUCAGUUCAAAACAACUCCCACCUAUAAAUCGGAAGCGAGUCCUCUGAAUAGAUUAGAUAGUCAUAUAAAAUUAAAACAUGGUAAAGUGAUCGAACAGUGCAGUCCUACUACUUCCCUUGAAAAUAAACCUAGCCCUGAAAUGUUAGGCGUAAAACAGGAUAUGAAGACUCCUAACUGGAACUAUGGAAGUCCGAUGCCGCGUCAAGAUCAGUUCUCGUCUCAAAGAAGUCCUUAUUCUGCACAGCCGAGUCCCGCACAACCCAGCCCUUAUUCCGCACAACCAAGUCCUUACUCCACCCAACCCAGUCCCUACUCAUCCCAGCCAAGCCCAUAUUCGGCCCAGCCCAGUCCGGAUACGAGCCAGAUGGUAAAGUCCGAUUUGCAAAAACCCGCGGCCUGGAACACCGGCAGCUACAGUCCGAUGCCGAAACACCACGCGCCGUUCUCUCCCCACCCGUCGAGCCACGCCAGCCCCGACCCCGGCGCCGGCCUCAAGCCGGACCUGCGCAGCGCCUGCAACAAGACGCCGGGCCGCUACAGCCCCCUGGCGCGCCAGGAGCGCGCGCUGCAGAGCCCCUACUCGCCGCGCGCCGGCGCCGACGCGGGGCUCUACGCGCACACCAAGAGCCCCGGGCUCGGCGGCUACAGCCCGCUCAAGCAGGGCCCGCUCGGCGCGCAGCCGCGCCAGGACGCGUACGGGCGCCUCAACAAAGCGCCGGAGCCGGUGCUCAGCCACGGCCCGGCGGAGCAGAGCGCGUGGGGCGCGGCCAGCAUCGAGUCGCUGGUGUGGGGCGCGGCGGGGUUCGCGGAGCAGCCGCCGGCGUGCGCGCCGCCGGCGUGGGGCGCGCUGCCGCCGUUCGCGUCGGCGGCGCGGCGCGCGGCCGAGCGCGACCCCUGGAGCCUGGGGCUGCGCGCGGAGCCGCCGCCGCCGCACGGCGCGUUCGUGGAGCAGAGCGUGAGCUUCGAGGCGCUGAGCGCGGGGCUGGGCUCGGCCGCGCUGCAGUACCUGGACGACAGCUUCGCGGAGACCUCGCGCGCCGACUGACGCCGGCUCGGCUCGGGGACGGCGGACCUGAACGAUCGUGUACACUUUGUAAAUAACAUUCGCUAGUGAGCCUCGACAGUGACGGAGCUAGGAGUGCGUAGACGUUAUUUUGCAGCUUAUAAUUUAAGGAAAAAUAAGAGCAAAUAUAUUAGAUAAUAGUUCAUCGAUGAAAUUAGAUAUUGUUGAAUUAUACUCAUGAGUUAGAUUUUAGAGUGAGUCUUUAUUUGAAUGCCAAAAUCUGUAUACAUACCGAGGCCAAAAUGAAUAUUUAUUUCGAUUUUAUUUGUUGGAAAUAUUUGUGUUUCAUAAAGUAUUUUUCUAUGGUAUCUGCGACUUUAGGUUCAUAAACUGUUUAUAAAGUUCUCGAUAUAUUAUACAUUUUAAAGUAAAAUGAACAUUCCUUUUUAUACAUAUUCAAAUGUUUUCUGAAGAAUGUGGUUUACAGAUUAUGAAUUUAGCAAAUGUGUGUUAUACAUAGUGUCAUCUUGUUAAAUGCUUUAGAUAACAAAUAUUUUAACAAUAAACUUACUGUUGGACAUGCUCCAUAUUGCACACAAAGUACAUGUUAUCUUGCAAAUUUUGAGCAGCUAUUAAUUGUAAUCUUAACACUUUUUCUUCAUAAUUCUCAAUCUCGAAUUAAGAUCGAUUGCUUGGCAGUUUGGCAGCAUUCGUAGUAAUUAUGAUUCUACUUUGUUGAUGCAGGAAUAUUAACCCUUAAAUUUAUUAAUAGUUAAUGCUAGCACAUUUUCAUUCAACCUGUUUUAUACAGAUUUAGAUGAACAAAGGAUUUUUGUGUCAUAAUAUUGACAAUCAGUCCAUAGAUAUCAUAACUACUUAUUAGUUACGACUUAUCUUUUUAUUUCUUUUUAUAUAAAUUUUGUUAAAGUUAUAACAGUCGUAUAUAUACAUAGUCUUUACUGGAGGGGUAGGCAGUGACCAUAUUUUCCACUUGCUUCGAUCCCUGUGUUUUCACGAUUCUUUAGUCUUCAUCUGUAUUCAUAACUCUCUUCAUACAAGCUGCUGACCUGACCUUUUGCCAGAACAUCUCCUUAUCCAAUCUUUUCAAUCUAGAAGAUAUUUUUUUACACUUCUUUAUAUUUUAUUUUUUUCUACGAUGCAAUGCAAUAUUACUUAAAACCUAUUUUACACCAGUGAUUUGAAAAAAAAAGAGAUUUUUUUUAAUGUCAAUCAUCGAUAUGCGAGUGGAGUGAAGCCAUAGAAAUUGGAAUAAAUACUUAUUGUAUUUGUGCUGUCUCUUGCAACGGACAGAGUAAAUUAAAUUAAAACCCAGAAUUGGAUGAAUGAUGUUAUGGUGGCCGUUAGUGGUCUUACUAUUAGCUGCAACAACACAUUUUGACACUACUGACCACUUAUUCUAAAUUAUAGAGUGGAGCUCUAUUUUCUAUAGCGCGCUAAACGGGAAAGUUCAUUACCCGUAAAGAACUGGGACAAAAAAUCUUUGUAUAUUUUUCUACUAGAUACCCCUUCGGCCACUUUUGAAAUCAAAUUUCGGAACCACACUGCUAUAUUGAAAGUUUGUAUGUAUUUUACUUUUGACACAUUUAAUAUUGAAAUUAAAUAUAUUGCAUUUUAGCAUCGUUGGACUGGUUAGUCGAAUGACAUUUGAAUGCGUCUAACAACACACUAAGGCCUAAAACACUGCCGCGCACGUUGCUAUGUAUUGGAUUUUAAAUAAUAUGGAUCGUUGGCAUACUACCAUCUGCAAUUUAUAUGCGAGGCACUGUUAUAUAUCUUAGUUGUAAGUUAAAUACAAUGUUAGUUUACGUAAAGUUUUUAUAUUUUGGGCCCAAAAAUGCUUUGUGCUACAUUUAAGAAGUGGUGGUUAUAAUGCAAAUAUCUCGCAGACUGAUUCAGAAUUCUACACUUUAUUAGUUUGUAUUUUAACAAAUUUUAACUUGUAUAUUCUGUCAGUGACGCAUUGUAUUGUAGCAUCACAUAUUGAACUUUCAAUUGAAAGCCAAGUACAAAGUGAUUUGUAUAAAAUAUAUGUUACAUAGAUAUUUCAUGUUGUAUUUGAACACUGAAACCACCAAAUAUUGUUUCCAAUACCUGCAUUAUUAGCCUUAUUGAAUGCCUAAUGUUUAACUGAAGAGAAUAUUUUAUAGUUUUAUUAACUUAUUACAAAGUGAAGAAUAUUAUCUACUUUACAUAGAAUGUAUAAAAUAUACUAGGCGAAUAUUAUGUUAAAUAAUCGUGUACCAUAGUAUGUAUAAAAUAAAGUUGACUAAUGUCUGUAAGUUCUGUUAUGUAGAGAUUUUUUGUUUUGUAAUAUUGUUACAGUAAUGCGUGGACUUCUUACAGAUGGUCCAAUUUUUAUAAUCUAACCAAUAAAAUAUCGAUGUGGUUGUACAUUUACAUUUUGAAUAGAAUGUACUCUAUUUAUUAAACAUCUUUUGUUGAAAUGCACUUCAA